GAGAAAAAGAAAACGGAAAAAGAAAAAAAAAAAGUAUUGGAAACCUUCUUCAACCUCUCUCCUUCAAAACUCAAUCGGCAUCCUUGGCGUUGGUUUGGCGGAGAGAAAAUGAUGGGGGAAGAUCGCGGCCUUCCUUCUCAUUGUUUUUCUCAUCUUCUUUUCUUUUUCUGAAUCCUUCCCAUAUUCAUCCAAAGGCAUGCUCAUCCACUUUCUCUAGAGAUGGUCUUGUUUAUGGCAUAUUGAAACAAUUCUUCUGUCAUUCCUUUUGGGACAUCCGAUAAAAUUGAAACGAUUCUUCUGUCAGGAUGUGGAAGUUGGCAUCGAACGCCAUUGCUGGCAUUCGAUCUAAGAAAAACUCGGAUGUACCUAAGCAAGUUUUCUGGGAGUGCUCGGAUGACGAGGUUUGCUCGGAAGCCAGUAGAGAUGAAGAAUUGGAAUGCCCUAUAUGCUGGGAAUCUUUUAACAUUGUGGAGAAUGUACCUUAUGUCUUAUGGUGUGGCCAUUCCUUGUGCAAAAAUUGUGUAUUAGGCCUUCAAGGGUCUGUGCUGAAACUAGCUACUCGCCAAAUGCGAAUCCCAAUCGUCAUUUCGUGCCCUUGGUGUCAUCAGCUAUCACUAAGGGUGGUCUACAAGGGGAACCUAAAGUUUCCCAGCAAGAACUUUUUUCUUCUUUGGAUGGUUGAGAGCUUUAAUGGCAAUGAGGGAAAACUUGACCAUUCCUUCAAUUCGGAUAAUCAAUCAGUUUUUUCUCUGCCAUCGGGUACCGUUACUUCUGAGAGGCGGCGAUUGUUUUUCUAUAAUCAUUUGGAUUGCGUCAUCCAUUUAGUCUUCAAGUUUCUACUUACCGUCAUAUUUGUUCUGAUAGUUGUUUUUGUAAUCCCCGGAAGUGCACUCAUCUUGCUGCUUUAUCUCCUAAUCACUUUACUUUUUGCAUUACCAUCUUUGCUGAUAUUUUACCUUGCACUCCAUGCUUUGGAUAAGCUUAUGAAUGAUAUAACUUCAUGAAAUCUUUUAACCAAAUGUCAUUUGGUGAAUUUCAAACAA